AUGGCGACUACUUCGCACAUGUUCAUGUACUCCUUGACAAUCCAGCCCCCAACUGCAAUCAAUCAAUCCAUUCUCGGACAAUUCGCAGGGGCCAAGGAGACCAAGGAGCAACAGAUUGUCACCGCGUCCGGCUCCAAGCUGACCCUCCUACGUCCCGACUCCACGAAUGGAAAAAUCACACCCGUCGUUUCGACCGACCUCUUUUGCAUCAUUCGCUCAUUGGCUCCCUUCAGGCUAGCUGGAAGUAACAAAGAUUACAUCAUCAUCGGCUCCGACUCCGGUCGUAUUGCGAUCAUUGAAUACGUUCCUUCGCAAAACCGCUUCAAGCAACUCCACUUGGAAACAUUUGGCAAGUCAGGUGUUCGUCGAGUCGUGCCAGGACAGUUUCUCGCCGUGGAUCCUAAGGGACGUGCUUGUAUGAUCGCUUCGGUGGAGAAGAACAAGCUGGUCUAUGUUCUGAACCGCAACUCCCAGGCCGCACUCACCAUCUCGUCGCCCCUUGAAGCACACAAGCCGCAGGCCCUGGUGUUUGCUCUGACUGCCCUGGAUGUGGGUUACGAAAACCCUGUCUUCGCUGUUCUCGAGGUUGUUUAUCCGGAAUUCGACCCCGACUCCGGGGCCCAAGCAUAUGACGAAAUUGAGAAGCACUUAGUGUAUUAUGAACUGGAUCUCGGCCUCAAUCAUGUCGUCCGCAAGUGGUCGGAGCCUGUUCAUCGAUCGGCAAACAUGCUAUUUCAGGUGCCCGGAGGCGCGGACGGCCCUAGUGGGGUCUUGGUUUGCGCCAAGGAUCAUGUCACCUAUUGCCAUUCCAAUCAGGAAACUCUGAGAGUGCCUAUUCCGCGCCGGAAGGGCCCGGCCGAGAAUCCCGAACGGGAGCGGAGCAUCGUCGCCGGCGUGAUGCACAGGAUGAAGGGGGUUUUCUUCUUCCUGCUGCAGACUCAGGAUGGUGACUUGUUCAAGGUCACCCUUGACAUGGUCGUAAAUGAAAAUGCUCAACUGACCGGCGAGGUUCAAAAGUUGAACAUCAAGUACUUCGACACUGUUCCGGCCGCGUCAAGUAUUCUCAUUCUCAAAAGUGGAUUCCUCUUCGUUGCCAGCACAGCGGGCGACCAUCAGUUCUAUCAAUUUAUCAAACUUGGCGAUGAUGAUGAUGAGACGGAAUUUUCCAGCGACAACUACCCUCCGAAAUCUAUCUCAUAUGAGCCGGCCUUCUUCCAGCCCCGACCUCAUGUGAAUCUGGCCCCGAUGUCUCCCAUGAACUCCCUCAACCCCUUGAUUGACAGCAAGAUUGUCAACCUUACGGAAGAUGAUGCGCCACAAAUUUAUGGACUUUGCGGCACCAGCGCUCGAAGCACAUUCCGUACCCUCAAGAAUGGCCUGGCAGUUUCCGAGUUUGCCGAGUCGCCGCUUCAAAAGGUUCCCGAGGCCGUCUGGACCACCAAACUGACACGGAACGACGAGUACGAUGCUUACAUCGUUCUCUCCUGGGCCAACGGAACACUCGUGCUGAGUAUUGGAGAGACGGUUGAAGAGGUUGAUGAUUCUGGAUUUAAUACUUCAGCGCCGACCCUGGCUGUGCAACAGUUCGGCGAAGCUGGGAUGGUCCAGGUCCACCCCCGAGGAGUCCGUCAUAUCCACGCAGGCGGGCAAUUCAGUGAAUGGGAAUCCCCCCAGCAUCGUUCCAUUGUAGCAGCAGCCACAAAUGAGCGCCAGGUUGCGAUCGCCCUGAGCUCGGGUGAGAUCGUCUACUUCGAAGCGGACACCGAUGGUGUUUUGGCAGAGUAUGAGGAGACGCCACAGAUGUCUGGAACUGUUACUUGUCUCAGUCUUGGUCAAGUUCCCGAUGGUCGGGUUCGGAGUUCAUUCCUGGCUGUUGGCUGUGACGACUCCACCGUCCGCAUUCUUAGCCUGGAUCCAGACUCCACGAUGUCAAGUAAAUCCAUCCAGGCUCUUACAUCUCCGCCCUCGGCACUGAACAUCAUGGCCAUGGCCGACUCAACUGGAGGGACUGCCCUUCACCUUCACAUUGGUCUGCACUCCGGUGUCUACCUUCGCACUGUUCUGGAUGAAGUGACUGGCGAUCUGUCAGAUACCCGCACACGAUUCCUUGGAGCUAAGCCCGUGAAGCUUUCUCACGUCUCCGUCAAUGGCCAGACCGCAGUUUUGGCUCUCAGCUCACGCCCGUGGCUCGGAUACUCUGACGUUCAAACAAAGAACUUCAUGCUUACGCCACUGGAUUAUGUUGGCCUGGAAUGGGGAUGGGGCUUCUCCAGUGGUCUUUGUGAAGAAGGCAUGAUUGGCAUCGAAGGCCGCAAUCUCCGGAUUUUCAACAUUGAGAAACUCGACAACAACAUCCUCCAAGAGGCUAUUCCUCUUGCCUACACCCCUCGUCGCUUCGUCCAACACCCCGAACAACCUCUCUUUUACGUCAUCGAGUCUGACAAUGGUAUUCUUGCCCCCGCAACUCGGCAGGCCCUUGUCCAAGAUGCCCAGACCCGAAAAGACGAUGUUACUAUUCUCCCCGCCGAAGAGUUUGGCUACCCCCGCGGAACAGGCCACUGGGCUUCCUGCAUUCAAAUCGUCGACCCCGUUUCGACCAAAUCAGUAGUCUUCACGCUCGACCUCGAGGACAAUGAAGCCGCCGUCAGCCUUGCUGCUGUUCCAUUUUCCAGCCAGGAAAAUGAAACGUUCCUUGUCGUGGGAACCGCAAAGGACCUCAAAGUGAGCCCGCCGUCGUGCUCUGCCGGCUUCAUUCACAUCUAUCGCUUCCAGGCCGAGGGCCGUGAGCUCGAGUUCAUCCAUAAGACUCGGGUUGACCGGCCACCUCUCGCUCUACUGGCAUUCCAAGGACGGCUCCUCGUCGGUCUCGGUCCCAAGCUGCGUAUGUAUGACCUGGGAAUGAAACAACUUCUCCGCAAGUGCCAGGCAUCCGUUGUCCCCAACAUGAUCGUGGGUCUCCAGACACAGGGCAGCCGUAUCGUGGCUAGCGAUGUUCGUGAAAGUGUCACGUAUGUGGUUUACAAAAAGCAGACCAAUAUCUUUAUCCCCUUCGUGGACGAUUCCAUUGCCCGCUUCACGUCCUCGACCACCAUGGUGGACUAUGCCACUGUGGCGGGCGGUGACAAAUUCGGCAACUUGUGGUUGGUGCGGUGCCCUGAGCGAAUCUCCGAGGAGGCCGACGAGGAUGCAUCGGGUGCCCACCUCCUUCAUGAGCGAAGCUAUCUGCAAGGCACCUCCAACCGGCUUGAGUUGAUGAUUCACUAUUACACCCAAGAUAUUCCCACCAGUGUGCACAAGACUCAGCUGGUUGCCGGCGGCCGCGAUGUGAUCGUCUGGACCGGUUUGCAGGGUACUAUCGGCAUGCUCGUUCCGUUCAUCAGCCGCGAGGAUGUCGACUUUUUCCAAAGCCUGGAAAUGCAGCUGACUACCCAAAACCCUUCCCUGGCGGGGCGGGAUCAUCUCCUCUACCGCGGUUACUAUGCACCUGUCAAGGGUGUUAUUGACGGCGAUCUCUGCGAGACCUUCCUCCUCCUUCCUAACGACACGAAGAUGAUGAUCGCUGCGGAACUCGAGCGAUCCGUCCGCGAAGUCGAGCGGAAGAUUUCUGACAUGCGUACUCGGGUUGCGUAUUGA